GCCAUGCCCGUCGCCCCCGCCGCCCCGCUGCUUCAGCUGCUGCUCCUGCUGGGGCCAUGGCUCCAGGCUGCGGGCGUCGUGGAGCCGCCGCUGCCCGCCGUGGUCCUUACCAUCCUGGCCCGCAAUGCCGAGCACUCACUGCCCCACUACCUGGGCGCUCUGGAGCGGCUGGACUACCCCCGGGCCAGGCUGGCCCUCUGGUGUGCCACGGACCACAACACGGACAACACCACGCAGAUGCUGCAGGAGUGGCUGGCCGCUGUGGGUGACCACUACGCGGCUGUGGUCUGGAGGCCCGAGGGGGAGCCCAGGUCCUACCCAGAUGAAGAGGGGCCCAAGCACUGGACCAGAGAAAGGCAUCAGUUUCUGAUGGAGUUGAAACAGGAAGCCCUGACCUUUGCCAGGGACUGGGGGGCUGACUACAUCCUGUUUGCAGAUACAGACAACAUUCUGACCAACAACCAGACGCUGAGGCUUCUGAUAGAGCAGGGGCUGCCUGUGGUGGCCCCGAUGCUGGACUCCCAGACCUACUACUCCAAUUUCUGGUGUGGGAUCACGCCCCAGGGCUACUACCGCCGCACAGCCGACUACUUCCCCACCAAGAACCGCCAGCGCCGGGGCUGCUUCCGGGUCCCCAUGGUCCAUUCCACCUUCCUGGUGUCCUUGCGGGCUAACGGGACAGCCCAGCUCGCCUUCUACCCCCCUCAUCCCAACUACACCUGGCCUUUCGACGAUAUCAUCAUCUUCGCCUAUGCCUGCCAGGCCGCUGGGGUGACAGUCCAUGUGUGUAACGAACACCGUUACGGGUACAUGAAUGUGCCCGUGAAAUCCCACCAGGGCCUGGAGGAUGAGAGGGUCAACUUCAUCCACCUGAUCUUGGAAGCACUAGUGGACGGGCCCCCCAUGUGGGCCUCAGCGCAUGUGUCCCGGCCCCCCAAACGACCCAGCAAGAUGGGGUUUGAUGAGGUGUUUGUCAUCAGCCUGGCCCGCCGGCCCGACCGCCGUGAGCGCAUGCUAAGCUCGCUCUGGGAGAUGGAGAUUUCUGGGCGGGUGGUGGAUGCUGUGGACGGCCGGACACUCAACACCAGUAUCAUGAGGAGCCUCGGCGUGGACCUGCUCCCUGGCUACCAGGACCCCUACUCGGGCCGCACACUGACCAAGGGCGAGGUGGGCUGUUUCCUCAGCCACUACUCCAUCUGGGAGGAGGUGGUUGCCAGGGGCCUGGCCCAGGUCCUGGUGUUUGAGGACGACGUGCGCUUUGAGAGCAACUUCAGGGGGCGACUGGAGCGGCUGAUGGAGGAGGUGGAGGCAGAGAAGUUGCCAUGGGACCUAAUCUACCUGGGCCGGAAGCAGGUGAACCCCGAGGAGGAGGCCGCCGUGGAUGGGCUGCCACAUCUGGUGGUGGCCGGAUACUCCUACUGGACCCUGGCCUAUGUCUUGAGUCUGGCAGGUGCUCGCAAGCUGCUGGCCUCCCAACCCCUGCGCCGAAUGCUGCCUGUGGACGAGUUCCUGCCCAUCAUGUUUGACCGGCACCCCAAUGAGCACUACAAGGCGCACUUCUGGCCGAGGGACCUGCAUGCCUUCUCCGCCCGGCCCUUGCUCGCUGCCCCCACCCACUAUGCAGGGGACGCUGAGUGGCUCAGCGACACGGAGACAUCCUCGCCCUGGGAUGAUGACAGUGGCCGCAUCAUCAGCUGGAGUGGCUCUCACAAGACCCUGCGUGGCCCCCGCCUGGACCUGCCUGGCAGCAGUGGGCACAGCCUCCACCCCCGGGAUGAGCUCUAGGGCCAGGCGGUGACUCCAGAGGAACACCCAGGAGCAGGCUGUAGCUGGCCAGGGAGGAGGUUGGAAAUAGCUGCAGGAACCACCACCAAGAGCCACAGACCCCACAGAGACCCGACUGUCACCUUAGCCAUGGCCACUCUGCCCUCUGGCCCCGUCUUGCAUCAGGAGAAACCACUCUGAGAUGGGUCCCCUUCCCUGAAGGUCAUGUAGAGAAAAGGCAGGGCUCACAGGCCCUCUCACCCUGCCCGGCCUGACUCAGGGCCUGGGGUGGAGGGAGGGAGGGGGGCACCCCAGCCUUUGGUUUCAAGCUGGACAGACACCAGGAGCCCUGCCCUCUCCGCGGACCCAACUGCUGGGGCCCCUCCACCACCUUCUACCUCCACCUCAGCCCCCUCCCCACUCGACACCUGGGUCUCAGCUGCCUGGGCCCAUCCUCUCCCCCUGGCCACUGGGAAGUGCAGGGAGGUGGGAGGAGGGCCCUGGCAGACCUGGUGCCCAGCACAUAGUAAGCCCUCAGUAAAAGCCAGCUGGUAUUUGCACUUUAUAUUUUU